AUGGAUUUUGUUAAUGGAGCACUAAAUAGACUUAAAUCUAGCAGAACACCCUCUAUUACACCUCAACAAGAUAGAACUGCCCAGGCCUCUGUAUCACCAUUGAUUCUCACACCAAGUGUUAAGCGAAAACUGCCAGGAGAGUCUUCUCAUGCCUUCUCAAGUAAGAAAAGGAAGUCCAUCAAACACAGCUUGAACUUUGAGUUGUUGCCAAGUCAUCUCUUCAGCAGCAAUUCUACACCAGUGUCAGUUCACUUUGAUACGAGCCCGGACGGGUCAUCGCAGAGUUCACUCUCUCCUAUCGCCAUGAGUGGAAACCACUUGAUCAGUACAGACCUCAGUACAGACCUAAGGCGAAGUAAAAGAAUUGCGAGCAAAAAAGUUUCCAGGGUGGAGUCAGGAAAAGCAGGCUGCUUCUCUCCUAAAGUCAGUCGUAAAGAAAAGGUCCGAAGAUCUCUUCGCCUGAAGUUUAGCCUGGGAAAAAACAGAGACUCAAAUGGAUGUUCUGUCGUCAAUAGAUAUGAAAAUGUUGGUCGACGACUAGCAAAUCAACAGAGUCUAAAAAGUAGGAUUGAAUCUGUAAAAACAGGCCUGCUUUUUAGCCCAGAUGUUGAUGAAAGAGUGCUAAAGAAAGGUGCAGAAAAGAUGAGGAAAUCUGAGGAACACUUACUAACUCCAGAUGGACUGGAUGGAGCAGGUUCCAGGAUGUCUUGGGCAGAACCCAGCAAUUCAAGUUUUCAAGACAUGGGUGCAAGCAGAGCUUCUCCGGUAAUGAGCAAUCUUGAGGUUAAGAGCUUUUCUUUGGAGCCUGGCAGUACUGUUGACAACUCACCAGUAGUGUCCUGUGAACUGAGACCUUCCACCUUCCACAGUCAACCUGACAGCAGUGUGCUUGGGAGUUCCCUUAGUGGAGAUGAAAGUAACCUGACCUCUGAGACCUUGCUAAAGAUUCAGAAAGCGUUUUCCGAGUCUGGGAGUGAUCUUCAUACACUGAUACAUCGUGGGCAGUCCUUAGUCACAAACACGGGAGAAGAAAGUGAAGCCAGUGAUGUGACUGUGAGAGAGUCAAAGGGAGAUGAUGGGGGCUGCAUUGGGGAAGAUGGGGACUGUGUUCCAGAAAGAGCUUUCUCAUCGUAUCAAAGUCCAGCAUUGGGCAGAGAAGCAAGCGUAGAAUCUUACUCAACUCAGAUGAAAGGGGAACAUGAAGACAUCCAGUCAGAAGUACCAAAAGCUGACUUGAUCCUGCAAGAAUUCCCCAGUCAGGAGCAAAUGAAGGGACCACAGUCCCCAAAGGACCAACUAAAUACUCAGUCAGCAGGGAAAGAGGCUGUGGUGCAGGAGAACUCCAUGGCGUGUGAAGCGGCUGGGGAAGAUGAAGCUCACUCUUCUUCAGAGCAGAGUGCAUGCAGUGUGCUAGUCCCUUCAAAGCCUCAGCCCCAGAGACUGGCUAAGCAGCAGUCCAUGGUGGGAAAGUGCGAUAAUGCAGGUCCUGGAGGUUUACAAGUGACGGAGCAUGGAAAGGUUUCUGAUCACAUACAGUGGUUUAAUAAACUCUCUCUAAAUGAAGCGAACAGAACAAAAGUGAAGUCACCUCUGCAAUUUCAGCGUACUCCUGUCCGUCAGUCUGUCAGAAGGAUCAAUUCUUUGUUGGAGUAUGGCAGGCAGCCUGUGAGGCAGAAGUCGGCAGUCUGUGGUGAUGCAUCUUCUCCUUUGGUAAAAUCAGUGAGCUGUGAUGGUGCUCUUCCCUCACAUGUAGAAAGUGCAUCGAAAGAUUCCUCUGUUUCAUGUACUAAAUUAGGUCCUGAAGCACAGAAGUCUACGUCGUGUGAUAAAUCAAAUGAUGCAAUUUCAAAAUCAAGUGUUGAAUUAACUUCUAACUCUUUCUCAAAAAUUAAGAGACAUCUAGAUCCUGUCCAUGCUUCUCUUGGAACUACUAGACUUUGUAAACAGGAGAGCAAAUCUGAUAGCCAAAUUAAGUUUCCCUUGGAUGAUCUCACUAAUCAUGAUAGAUUAAAUUUUACUGUAAAUAAUAAUACAGCCUUUCCUCCCGGAAUAAAAAACAGAGUUCUUAGGAAACCAUCAGAAAAAGAAAGGGUCUGGUACAAGGGUUCUCCCAAAAAUCCUAUUGGAAAGACUCAACUCCUACCAACGAGUAAGCCUGUAGACUUGUAACUGACCAAUGUCUUACUUGUCAUCAGUGUAAAUAAAGUUAGCAGUUGGUUGGAUGGUUUGCAGGAUAAUUGUGUGUUAGUGUGUAGCUAAGGAUGCUUGGUAAGCGGCUUUUCUCAGAAGCAGUCUCACUGCUAGCUGGAACAAUUUGGAUUUUCAGACUUGCACAUAGAGCUGCUUUGUUUUUCUUUAUUACUGAAGCAUUUAAACUUCAUUGUGAUUUCUCGAAGCAAAGGUUAUAUUAACUUUAAAAAAAAGCUGUGGGCUAGAUUUAUUUAAAAGAGGGGCAGGUUUUUGUUUUGCAUGCCUGAUAGGAAGUUGUGCUUGGUUUUGGUAAUUCUUCCAAGUCCAUUACAAAUCUACCACGUUAAGGGAAUGGGUAGCCCUGCCAAUCUUAUGUCUUGAGUUAUAUUCAUGUCUGUUGUCCUGACCUAACUCCUCAGAGGUCUGCUAGUACUUAUUCCUGUUUGGGGCAGAGGAAUAUGGUCAGUGUCUUCAGUAGGUGUAUACAAGGUUUCACUUGAAUCUUGAAUUAAGGACAGUGGCUAAAUCAGAAUGAUAACUAAGUUGCAUUCAUACAUUAUGGUGUUGAAGUAAUUGAUUUUAAGCCAUAUUUUUGAAGAUAAUUUUGAUCUAUUUUGUCCAAUAUGAAAAUGAAAUUUUUAAG